ACCUAGAUUUACUCAAAGAUUAGUUCUCUCCUUUAGUUCUUUAUUCUAAACACUUUCAUGUAAUCUAGGUUAUCCUCUAACUUGGUUGUACUUCAAGUAUAGCCAAGGAAUAGUCAUGGACCAGACAGCAUUGCCAGUUUGCCACCUUAAACUCCUGUUCAUUCUCUCUAUCACUCAAAGAUCCAACAGGUAAGAAAUCAAAAGAGAAGGAAGGGAAUUACAUAGCUCAAAAAGUAAAGGACAUAUGGCUGGCUUGCUUUGCUUCUGCCCUACUCCCCAACAUUAGACCCUUCAAAAGCACAUCAGAACCUGCUGAAGAAACAAGAGACUCUGAAGAAAAACACAGCAAGAAACUUACAUGCCACUUCCUCUCCACAAUAUAUUGUGCUGAGAUUGGUGGCCUCACAUUGAAGGGUGGCGUUGCACUUGCAUUGCACCACCCUAUGAACAGCUCAUAGAGGGGUGGUGUCAGUGGCAGUGCAAAAUUGCAAGUGAAAGUAGGGUAGUAUUAUGAGCAGGGUGGCCGGGUCUGCGAGGCGGGCAUCGGCGGCGGCAUUGGCCAUCCUGCUUGGGGGCCUUGUUUUGGUGUCUUUGGUGGUGGAGAGAAGCGCGAAGGUGUCAUCUCCGGUGAGCCUUGCUGCAGUAGGUGGUAGGAAGAUGGUGAUCGGAGUCAAUGGAAGGUUGCCUUCUCAGAGGACGCUGGAGGACUUGGGAGAUGAUGACACAUUCAGCAGCAUCAAGAGGAGGGUGCCCAAUGGACCGGAUCCAAUCCACAAUAGGGGAGCUGGAGAGUCAGGAAGAGCACCAGGCCGAGCAUAGGCAGCACGCGCGCCCGAUGAGUGGAAGUUUCCGAAGUACUUGUUGUGGAUCUGAUCAUUGUGUUGCAAGAAGAAACGCAAAAAAACACAGGAGCU